AUGACAGUUCGUGGGGAUCGCGGAGGGGAGAACCUUCAAGUUGCUACGCACAUGGUUGUGACAAAUGGCCACAAUCGCGGCUCGUUCUUAUGGGGAUCAUCAACACGGAAUUCUCGUAUUGAACGAUUGUGGGUUGAAGUCAGCACACAAUUUGCACGCCGAUGGCGGGCAUUCUUUACCAGGCUUGAACGACUUCACAAACUUGAUGUUGACAGGCCUGGGCAUCUUUGGCUCCUUAGCGCGCUCUUCUUGAAUGCACUCAACAAUGAUUGCCGACAGUUUCAACAAGAAUGGAACUCCCAUCCUAUUCAUGGUUCUGAUACCAAGGAUCAAAGCCCUCAGGAUAUGCGCCUUCUAGGACAGGCGUCAUUAGGCAUCUAUGAAGAUGAGUUUGAGGGGAUACAUCCUGCAAUCCUGCAGCGCUAUUAUGGUAUUCAUGGCAGAGAGUUGGUCCACGGUCGCAAUCAGACAGGUGCUGGCCACCCAAAUGACGAGUCGGAUGAAUCAGAUGAAGAUAGUAUUAUUGGCCGCAUCGAGCGGGAUCAAGCAAACGAUGUCCAACAUGACGCUGUUGAGGUCGCAGAUGGUAAUACUCCUUUUCAGAAUGAAGAAGAUGAAAAUUCAUUCUUUGAAAUACUUGAGGAGGUCGUCAUGGAUGGUAUUGUACCGGAGGGAUACAAUUUACAGGAGGGUGAAGAUGAGUAUGAUGAAAACACAACUGAACAUCUACGAGUCGGACGACGGAGGGAGAAUUAUGUUGAAGUAUCAAUUAGGAACCUACCACAUACAAAUUCUGCACCUCGCCGGCUUGUUUGUGUCCCAGUCCUCUCUUCCAUCUCACUCGGAAUGUCGAAGCAAGUUUAUUGCAAGGGCAACCCUAACGAAUCAGUAGCUUGCGAUUGCGAAGAGUACUCCGCACCUACGAAUCUUCCAGUUGGCCAAAAAGAGCUUUGUGCAGAAUGUUUGCACAGCAAGAGCAAACAUCCUCGACCCCAACGGCCUGCAUCAGUGGCCGAGCUGUCAGUACCUCCCAUACUAGAUCAGACUUGGAGUACUCCACCAAGGCCCGUCACAACCGCAAAAGAACAAGUUGGAGUGACAGCUAUAUACAAGCAAUCACUCGCUCGGAAAGCCGGACAAGACCUGGAACUCAAAUUCAAUGUGUUGUCCAACAGUCAGAAGACGGCUACCUGCAAGAGGGCAAUAUCCUUAAGACAGGCCAGUUCUUCGAAGCAAGGACAAAUCCGGAUCAAAGUCGGUGCCGUUGCUGUCUUGAUCAAUUACCUUGAUGACAAAGGAGAGUUGAUGAUCACGAUCCCGCCUGUCAGGACAGAGAUGUCAAAGUUUAAACGACGGGGAUGUGCUCACUUUGACGGAGAUCAGUCUGAGAACGACAGUGUGGAUUUCAGCUUUUGCCCAGACUGGACAUUUGAUGAGGUUGAUGCUUACAUUCGAAGACUUUUUCCAAAGGUCUUUGGAUACCUCGACUCUGUAAAGGCAGGUGAUGUAAAGGGGAAGGCCAUAGAUAAUGGAGCAUCUGAAUGGGUGUUGAUUUCGAAAGAGAACCGCAGGCUGAGUGUCGCACCUGACCCAUUUCUGAACGGCAAACAUCUUGAACGGUACAAAGGCAGAAAUAAUGCCCCUCUUCAACAGACAAAUGUUUUUAUUGGUAUCCGGACAUACGUACCUGAGCAUAUUUAUGCACACUGGGAUCCGGACAUGGUCGUUAUUGAUAUAGAUGAUGACAACAGCGACGAUAGUGACAGCAAAUAUCAAUUUAAACUUGAAGAUAGUUUGGAUGACAUAUACAAUGUUCCCAAGAUCACUCGUCCAAAACGCUUGAUGCAGUCCAACGAACGUGAUACACAUCAAGAACCAGCUUUAAAGAGAUCGCGUGGAACUCGUGGUCAACCCAUCGCAUCGAAAAUGGAGAACCAGGUGGCGAAAUCUGUUAAAUUGUUCGGUCCCGACUCUGAUGCAGAUGAUGGCCUCGACACACUGCCAGCUAGUCUGAAAGGAAUGUCAAUCUCACCUCUGAGACGUGCUCCACGCCAGAAUUUGAUGAUGCCAUCAAUCAAAGAUGAAGAACCCUACAUCGACCUCCAAGACUCAGAAGUCUUUACAAACAUUCAGAAUCAUGUGUCCGCAAUGCCGAUACUUAAUCGACCACUCUUCCAGCCUCUCGUUUCAGUUGAGCCCACAUUGAAAGAUAUAUUGCGCGGCCACCCAGAUGUCAAUGAUCCAGUUGUCGCGUCCAUUGCACAACCCUUGGACAACCGACUACUUCAUUGGUUCUAUUAA